AUGGUCUGCUCAUGCCAACAGGGGAUCCCCGCUCACUGGAGUAGAGCUCAGAACAGCGAGAGAUCACACCGAGGGACCAGCGUAAUGUCAAUAUCACAGAUAACCCCGACCCUCUUCCUAAGUGGCGCCGAUGCUUCAAUGAAUCAAGCCCUUAUGACCCGAAAAGGCAUUACACUCAUCGUGAACGUGACCCUGUCCCACGCCUGCCCUGUCUACCCAGGCGUGGAGUGCAUCCGGGUGGCAGUGUCCGACCUUCCAAAUGCCCGUCUGGGGGACCACUUUGACCACGUCUCCGCUCGAAUUCACAACAACAGACUUGGAGGAACCCUAGUGCACUGUGCGGCAGGCAUGAGCCGCUCUCCUGCUGUUAUAAUGGCAUAUCUCAUGAAGUACAAAGGAGUGACUCUGAGACAGGCGCACAAGUGGGUUAAAGACAGCAGACCAUACAUUCGGCUCAAUGUAGGAUUCUGGACCCAGCUUCUGGAUUAUGAGAGGAAACUCUACGGUAGGAAUACUGUGAGAGUGGCUGAACCAGUGGAUGCACAGCCAAUGCCACAAACACCAAAACUACCCUCCAGGUAUAAAAUGAGACAGUGUCCUCCGUCUCCAAGAGUGAGCCAACUUAGAAGAUUCACCUCCUUUUCAUCUUAACCAAUGUUUGCAAACUGAGGUCAUGAAAUAUGUUGCAUGUACAUGAAUAACUUCUUUCUACGCCAUCACUUUGGAUUGGAAUCAAUAAGACUUCUGAAGUGAAACAAACCAAAUAA